AUGGCAGAGACACUAGGCGUUGUGUCUGGCAUCAUAGCCGUAGCCGACCUGACUUACACGGUGCUAGGUUACUUGAAAAGCGUCCAUGACGCUGGGAAGGAUAUCGAGGACUACAACCGCGAAGCACCUGAUUUCACUGAGCUGCUUACGAGUCUUGCCGUUCACGUCGCGAAAAAAGUGGAAAGGUUUAAGAAGAAAGUGGCGCCUGGGACUGGCCUUCGCGAGAAGCUCACCCAGCGUAUAACCUGGAAGUUCGUCAAAGAUGACGUCAAAGAGAUUCUGGAAAAGAUGGAACGAUUGAACAGUUUGAUCGUGAUUGCAUUGCAGAAGGACCAUUUCAAACUGUCUGAGGCAAUACACAGCAUAACGUCGAAGAUCAAAAACGACACUGCAGUCAUUAGAGCAACAGGAGAGCACCACACCACUGAGCUUGCCACUUUGGUAACUGAGGCUCACAAGCAGUCUGCUUUGUCCUCGGCUAUACUACAAAACACAAGCCAGAUCGAAUCUAUUCACGCCGAGGCUGGUUCUACUGAACAUGCAAAGCACAAGGCUCAGUUAAUGGAGUGGUUGUCCGAUCAUGGUCACAUCAAAGAGCAGCAGGAUAACGUAUCACGAUGCAAGGAGGGUACCGGCAUGCGGCUGUUGCACGAUCCCAAAUUCAAGGAAUGGGAAUCCGGAACAUUGGACACAUUGUUUUGUGUCGGCACGCCUGGUGCAGGCAAAACAGUGAUGUCUGCCAUGGUCGUUCGCCACCUGUUUCAAACCCCUCGGGUGUCAACUGACGAGGUUGCCGUGGCUUUCUUGUACUUCAGGUACGAUCUACGGGAUACACAGUCAACAGAGCGACUUCUUGGCAGCCUCAUACGGCAGCUGGCCGCGGUAGACUCCUUCAGUUGCGUCUAUUUUGUUGUAGAUGCGCUUGACGAGGGUGCAGUGCAGCAUACGAAGGGCUUGAUCUCAACAAUCCGAUGUUUACGGAAAGCCCGAAUAAAGCUCCUCGCGACGUCACGAUUCAUACCAGAGAUUCAAGCUCAGUUCGAAGACGAUCACUCAAUAGAAAUCAGAGGUUCCGACGUAGACAUCGAAAGCUACACAACGGAUCGACUGAGCGAGCUCCCACGUUGCGUGCAGAACAACUUACCUCUCCAAACAGAGAUCACUCAAGCGAUCGUUACGUCGACCCAAGGCAUGUUCUUGCUUGCCAAGCUUCACAUUGACUCGUUGAAGGACAAGAGGACCCUCAAAGCCAUGAGAAGCACUCUCGGGACAUUACCAAGUGGCUCCAGCGCAUACGAUACGGCAUAUGACGGGGCCAUGAAGCGAAUUUCCGACCAGUCGGAGAGCGACUAUAAGCUUGCGCAACAAGUUCUCGCUUGGUUAGUGCAUGCUAAGCGACCCAUCAGCGAGAUUGAUCUGGAAGCAGCGCUCGCCGUUGAACUGGGAGAAAGAUAUCUCGAUCCCGACAACAUUGUGCCUGUGAUGGAACUUUUGUCGCUCUGUGCCGGACUCGUCGCCCUGGAUAAAGAGUUGUAG